CGGCAGAGCUGGGAAUCAAACCCGGUUCCUCCAGAUUAGAUACACGAGCUCUUAACCUCCUACGCCACUGCUGCAAGCGAUUGGCUCGAACUUGCGGCUCCGGUGAGAAGGAAGCACCAUGGUUUGUAAGGUGCUUGGCCCCUUUUAUCAAUCUUUUCCAAAAUAUCCGGGCACCACAAUAGAGGCGCUUUGUUCUUUAACCAACCGUUUUCAAAAUAUCCUGUGGGUUGCGCCAUUUCUUUUUAGCACCUAGAUCACAGGUGGAACAUUUAAAAAAUGAAGAAGAAGAAGAAAAACAAAGGAAAAGGAAAGUAUUGAUGGCUGAAAGCACAGACAGCUUAAGAAGGGCAGUGGGGAGAUGUUGCUGAGCCAUCCAUUUGGCAGAGGAAUGGGAACAGCUGCUGUGCUUCCAAUCCAGGAGAUCACCGUGUAUUUCACUGAGGCGGAGUGGGCUCUGCUUGAUCCACACCAAAGAGCUCUCUACAAGGAAGUCAUGUUGGAAAACUUUGGGAGUGUGGUCUUUCUAGCAAAACAUGUGCAGGACAUAGUUGGGAAAUUCCAGGAGUUCUCACUGAAAAGAGACAAGGAACAAAAAUUUAAACUUCAGUCCAUGAAGUUCAUGGAUCAAGAGAGACCAGAAAGGCAGGAGGAGGGUCAUGGAAAAAAGACGAACAAAACCACCAUUCCUUUCCAAGAAGGGGAUUUCCCAGGUGUAAUUAAUAUGGCAGAGGAAGCAUACAAAUGCUUGGACUGGGGAUUAAAUUUAUCAGAUCAAACUCAGAGGUUUAUUCUAGCAGCAGAUAUGGAAAAUGGAAGAUAUGGAUGUGGAACUGUUGGGGACUUCCAGAGGUUCUCACUGGAAAGAGGCAAUGAACAGAAGGCUGGCUUUAACUUCAGGGUUCAUGAUGAACUAGAGAGGCAGGAGGGAAGCCAUGCAGAACAGAUCAGGGAUAAACCCAUUCCAUGCCAAGGAUGGGAUUUCCGUGGAGUAAUCCACAUGGCGGAGGAAACAUACAAAGGAUUGGACUACACAUUGAAUUUCUUAGAUCAAACUCAAUCUGAUAUUGAUUUGCGAAAGCACCCUGAAAAGAUGUUCCAUGAUUGCUUCCAAUGUGGAAAGAGCUUCCUUUGUGGAGAAGAACUCAUUAGACACCAAAGAAUCCAUAUUGCAGAGAAACUGUAUUGCUGUUCAGACUGUGGCAAGAGAUUCUCAGAGAAUUCAGACCUUGUUCAACACAAGAGUUCCCACCAUUCAGAUGGGAAGACAUUAAUCUGUUUUAAAAGGGAGAAAUCUUUUGAGUGUUCAGUGUGUGGAACGAGAUUUAGUCAGAGUGGUGAUCUUCAGAUACAUCAAAGAUCCCACAAAGGAGAGAAACGUUUUGAGUGUUCAGAGUGUGGAAAGAGAUUCAACCGUACCGCCCUUCUUCAACUGCAUCAAAGAACCCACACAGGAGAAAAAUCUUUUGAAUGUUCAGAGUGUGGAAAGAGAUUCAGUCAGAAAGGCAAUCUUCAACUGCAUCAAAGAACCCACACAGAUGAGAAACCUUUUCAGUGCUCAAAGUGUGGAAAGAGAUUCAGUCUGAGAGGAAAUCUUAAACAGCAUCAAAGAACCCACACAGGAGAGAAGCCUUUUGAGUGCUCAGAGUGUGAAAAGAAAUUCAGCAGCAGUGGAGAUCUUCAAAAGCAUUUAAGAAUCCACACAGGGGAGAGACCUUUUGAGUGCUCAAAGUGUGGAAAGAGAUUCAGUCUGAGAGGCAGUCUUAAACUGCAUCAAAGAACCCACACAGACGAGAAACCUUUUGAAUGCUCAGAGUGUGGAAAGAGAUUCAGUCAGAGAGGCAAUCUUCAACUGCAUCAAAGAACCCACACAGGAGAGAAACCUUUUGAAUGCUCAGAGUGUGGAAAGAGAUUCAAGCAGUGUGUCAGUCUUCACCGGCAUCAAAAAAACCCACACAGGAGAAAAAUUUGAGUGCUCAAAAUCUGGAAGGAGAUUCAGUCAGAAUGGCAGUCUUCAACAGCAUCUAAGAACUCACACAGUGGUGAUACCAUCUGGUGAUGUGUCUGGUGAUAUCUAAUUAGCUGUAUCCCUCCUCCUGGUAAGGAGUGCCGUAAGGCAAGCGGACCAAGGACUGGCAUCUUUAGAGGCAUCCCUCACCUCUUCUGGCUGGAAACUCCAAGUAGCAUCACUAAAAGCGAAGCCCCUUUUCUUGCUUCAACCAGCAUUUAGGUAUCAAUUGCUCUGCAUUUUUUUGCAACUGAUUUCAUUCCCCUUGAAGCACCUGUGUGUUAGAGGGACAUUGCUCGCUCCACCCUCACUCACUAGCCUCCAUGAAUUUUUGCAUCAGCAGCUCUGCAACUUCCUUGAUUGCCUGAACCCUGCUAAUGUGAAAUACUUAUAGAGUGGUUCACAGAACUGUAUUGUGCUUUGAGAAUAUUUAUGUGAUUCUCACUCUUUUGUGAACAAUUGUGUACUUAGGUUGGAUCAUUGGAUCCUCAUGCGUUUUUCUUUAUUGCGCAUUGAAUUUAUUUGGGGCCAACAGUGUUUAACUACAUAGUUAAUUUCUUAUGUGCUUUGACUUAACUGUUUCAUUUAAAAGUAAUUGUUAAUUUUUUAAUGGUCAUUUAGACUCUCACAAAAGCUGUGUCUGACAAAGAAUCCAGAUCUUAUUGUUUUUUCAGUAUGGUUUUAGUAAGGCCUUUGACAAGGUGCCCCAUGAUAUUCUUGCAAGCAAGGUAGUAAAAUGUGGGUUGGACAAUG